AUGCAAAAGCUCAAAGACAUCCAAGAACUUUUAAAAGACACGCAAAAAUCUGCAGAAGCUAUAAGGAGAUGGCUCAAUUAUGAGAUGGAUGAUCCUAUUAAGACAAUUUAUCAGAUACGGCAGGAAAUAAACGAAAAUUUUAUCAGAGCGGUAAAAGACUCUUCUAACUGUCCCUCUGGUGACCGGCAAAUAUUUCCUGUAGAAGAGGUUACGAUGAUAGUGAACCAGAACAGGGAUACGAUCGAGUACAUAAAAUCCUUAUGUCUCGAAGUUCAACACCUUAAAAACAGUUUGGAAAACCAGAAAACAGAUGUGAAAUGUAUCACUCAGGCCAUUGAGUCACUUAAAAACCCUCGAUUAGACUCCAUUGUUAGUGAUACAUGUGACAUGAAAAAUAUUGUGCAGGAAUUACAAGCACAAAUUCAGAACACAUCCCGACAGGAGAUAUCCACAGACAAAUUCACAGUCGCCAUAGAGCCUAUCUCGCAAAAGAUAGGAAUAUUAACGGAUGAAAUAAAAGAACUCAAGGAACAUGGAGCAAGUCAGUGGGCAUUUCAAAAUAACUCUGGCCUAGGUACCGAGCUAGCAGUAGCAGAGAUUAGAGAAAAACUUGACAACUUACAAGUAUGCAACUGCAGUCCACUUAAGGAGGACAACGACCACAAUAAAUAUAAUCAUGCGACCAAAGAACAGCAAAUUGUCGGUCCAACAAGAUCGUAUGCCGAAGCUCUCAUCAAACCUCGAUUUGCUCUUCUUAUUGAAUCCUCCGACCCUAGGCACACAAGUGAAGAUGUUGUCAGUACCAUUAAAGACAAUAUUGACGUGGUGCAACUAGGAGUGGGAGUAAAUAAUGUCAGAAGAGUCAGAAAUCAAAAGGUGGUCAUUACGUGCAAUACAGAAGAGGACCGAAGUAAGUUACAAAGUGCGAUCAAAAAUUCUGCCAAAAAACUCACAGUGUCAAAAUCAUCUACUAAAAACCCACUUAUAAAGUUACUAGGAAUAUCGAACGAUCUCAAUAAUAAAAAAUUAGAGGAAGCACUCGUAAAGCAGAACGUGAAGCUAUUCAAAGAUAUAGAAAAAGAUGAUAUUAAGAUUAAGGUCCUAAGAAGAAUAAAAGGCCGCACAGCAGCAGUUAGUAACAUAGUUAUCGAAGUAAGCCCUUGGGUAUGGAAGGCCCUUAAGGACCAAAAGGUGCAUGUGGGCUACCAAAUAGUCCCAGCUAUAGAUCAGUCACCUAUAGUCCAGUGCUAUCGAUGCAUGGGUUUCGGACAUAGAGCAAACGAGUGUGCAGCUGAUAAAUCAACCUGUGGUUAUUGCGCAGGCGAACAUGACAGCAGACAAUGUCCACGAAAUAACGGAGCACCUUCAUGUGCGAAUUGCAUUAAAAAUAAAGUCAAGGGGGACCAUAGUCACGCAGCAUACAGUGCUGAAUGCUUAGUAUGGCAGAAAUGGGACCGAAUAGCGAGAUCCUUAGUUGCAUACUGCUAA